CAUCUCACCCCCCCCCCCUCGUCGUCUCGUCGCCAGCCGCCGCCGCCGCCGUCUCGCCGCCGGCUGACCUCCCGCUCGAUCCCCAUCCGUCUUCCGCACCAUCCCCCCCGCCCCAUUCCUCCCCAUGCGCUUGCCGCUCGGUCGCGCCAUCCUCUAUCUAACCUAGCUCCUCGCUUCUCCUCCCUCUGCUCCGAUCCGCGCGCUCCCACCACCUGCGCCUCGCAUCCUACCUCGCCUGCCGCUUCAAUCCGGUACCUUCUCCACCUGCAUCCUCCUCGUCUUCAGCUCCGCCCAGCGAAACAACCGGCGUGGUCGCGUCCAGUCAGCUCGUCUGCCUUGGCCCGCAGCCAGCGCCUGACUGCCGGCAAGGUGUUCGACACAACUCCCCUGAGGAGGUCAAUCUGUUAUGUUCUUGGCCACACGACCAUCUGGGUCGUCGUCUCUCAUUACCAGGCUCUGCGUGCUCCACACCGUUUCCUGGAUCGUUUCAUCGAGGCAGGUAGCGAGGUUCAGCACCGGCGUCGACAAUGCCAAUCCAGGGGCUCACUGCCGGUUGUCUGAGCUUUUCCGGCCAGUUCGCACAGAGACCAGUUGCGUUAUUAUUGGGCGAGCGCUGGAGUGUGGGAGGUGGUCAGAGUCGGUUGAGCUGGAGCUGGAGGGCCUCCAUGUCGAGCUGGAUCCUUUCGUCGUCAACAAGGUGCUCCGUGGCUUGUUGGACUCGGGGAUGGCAGUUCGGUUUUACUGGUGGGCAGAGUCACGCCCUGGAUUUUAUCAUAACAAUUUUGCCAUAGCGUACAUCAUAAGCUUGCUGUUUGUAGAUGACAAUUUCGCCCUGCUUUCGGAGUUCCUGGGAAGAGUAAGGAGCCAGGGGGUAGCAUUUCAUCGCUCUCUCUAUCGGGUACUUUUGGCUGGCUAUGCCCGAGCUGGCAAGUUUGAUUCCGUCAUAGAAACAUUUGAUGAGAUGGUCACAUCAGGUUGUCGUGAGUUCGGUGUCGAUUACAACAGGUUCAUAGGUGUUAUGAUUAAGAACUGUUGCUUUGAUUUGGUCGAGAAGUAUUACAACAUGGCACUUGCAAAAGGAUUUUGUUUAACUCCAUUCACUUACUCAAGGUGGAUUACUGCAUUGUGUCAAUCAAACAGGAUUGAGCUUGUAGAGGAGCUUCUGACUGACAUGGAUAAAUUUGGGUGCUUCCCAGAUUUUUGGGCAUGUAACAUAUACGUUCACUAUUUGUGUGGUCACAAUAGGUUAUAUGAUGCUUUGCAAAUGGUAGAGAAGAUGACCAUGAAAGGAACCGGCCCAGAUGUCGUCACCUACACAACAGUUGUUAGCUGUUUAUGCGAUCACAGGAGGUUCUCAGAAGCAGUUGGGCUCUGGGAAGAAAUGGUGAGGAGGGGACUUAAACCUGAUGUUGUAGCUUGUGGUGCAUUGAUAUUUGGUUUGUGCAAGAAUCAAAAGGUUGAUGAGGCUUUUGAAUUAGCAUCAAGGAUGCUAACUCUGGAUAUCCAACUUAAUGUUUCGAUUUAUAAUGCCCUAAUAAGUGGUUUCUGGAGAGCUGGCAGCAUAGAGAAAGCCUACAAAACUGUGUCCUUCAUGCAGAGAAAUGGUUGUGAACCAGAUGUUGUGACGUACAAUAUCCUUCUAAACCAUUACUGUAGUAUAGGUAUGACAGAUAAAGCUGAAAAUUUGAUCAGAAAGAUGGAAAUGAGUGGGGUGAAUCCUGACAGGUACAGCUAUAAUAUACUGUUAAAAGGGCUAUGCAAAGCUCAUCAACUGGACAAAGCAUUUGCUUUCGUUUCUGAUCAUAUGGAAGUUGGUGGGUUCUGCGAUAUUGUAUCCUGCAACAUACUCAUCGAUGCAUUUUGCAGGGCAAAAAAGGUAAAUUCUGCACUGAACCUAUUCAAGGAAAUGGGUUACAAGGGAAUUCAAGCUGAUGCUGUGACUUAUGGGAUUCUGAUUAAUGGUCUUUUUGGCAUAGGAUACUCAAAUCUAGCCGAAGAGCUUUUUGACCAGAUGCUAAACACCAAAAUUGUUCCUAAUGUAAAUGUGUACAAUAUUAUGCUGCAUAAUUUAUGUAAGGUUGGUCAUUUCAAACAUGCACAGAAAAUAUUUUGGCAGAUGACUCAGAAAGAAGUAUCACCAGAUACAGUUACUUUUAACACACUAAUAUACUGGCUUGGAAAAAGCUCAAGAGCCGUUGAGGCCCUUGACCUUUUUAAGGAAAUGAGGACAAAAGGGGUAGAACCAGAUAACUUGACAUUUAGGUAUAUAAUCAGUGGUCUUCUGGAUGAAGGGAAAGCUACGUUGGCUUAUGAGAUAUGGGAGUAUAUGAUGGAGAAUGGUAUCAUUCUCGAUAGAGAUGUUUCUGAAAGGCUGAUAAGUGUGCUUAAGUUGAAGAACAACUAAGUUUUUCGAAAACUUGAGCUUCUAGAUGCUUUCUUGCUUGUGUUGCCUACAUGGACAUACCAACAAGCUUGAAGGUCCGAUCUACUCUUAAUGGAUCUAAGGCUCUAAGCUGGUGGAUGGUUGAACACAGAUUUCAUGAACACCUCGGCUUGAUGCAUGCAGUACUUUGCACCUUCUGAACCAGACCAUGGCACACACACCAAGGUAGCAAAGCGACAAGAUUCAAUAUAACAUAAGAUGACAGCUAUGUGUUUUAACCAAAUCUGGACUGGAGAAAUCAGCAAAAGCUGGCAGUAAGGCAAUUGGUGACAGUUCAACCGUAUUUUUAUCGGGUAGCAGUAUAUUACUUCAUGAAGCAACUGGUUGUGCUGUUUUUUAAUGGCAACCCGGAAGGUGUCAUCGAAAUAGCAUCCGAACUACAUUGUGGUGUUGCGGUAAUCGAUGAUUUUGCCUCAAGUUAUAUGUCAGCUAAAAUGGUGUAUAAGACAGUGGAUUUGGAAGAUUUGCUGGUGGAAGGUUUACUGGUAUGUGGCGUUGUCAAGGCAGUUGAUGACCAUAUUCCCAUAUGUUCAAUCAAAGCCUAUUCAGGUCUGUUAACUUUCGGCAGAUAAAUAGUCUGUAUGGUUUGCUUGUUGGGAUUCCGAUGGUCAGCUAAUGACCUUUUAGUAUCCUUGCAUUUCUAACCUUUUUAUUACUUCAUUUCUUGUAUCUACAGGGCCAAAUCUUUUUAAGUUUUUGAAUAAAUUUCACAAAACUACAUAUACUUUGACCAAAUUAUCACAAAACUACAGAUUUAAGGAUAUAUAUCACAAAACUACAGAUUUAGCAACAAAUUUAUCACAAAACUACAGGUUUAAGACUAAUUAUCACAAAACUACAUAUUUAAUAAUAAAAUUAUCACAAAACUACAUAUUUUGGGGGUUAAAUUCGUUGCACUAAUAUUAUGUUUGAGUUGAAAAUGUUCAAGUUUUAUGAUUAAUUGAUAUUAAACAUGUAGUUUUGUGAUAUCUUUGUUACUAAAAUCUAUAGUUUUGAGAUAUUUUAUCUUAAAUCUGUAGUUCCGUGAUAAAAUUAGUGUUAAAUCUGUAGUUUUGUGAUACAUCAUGUUAAAUCUGUAGUUUUCUGAUAAUUUGACCAAAAUACCUGUAGUUUUGUGAAAUUUACUCUAAGUUUUUAGUUCUUCAGUCUAAGAUUUGCGAGAUUCCUGAGCUGCAUACUGCAAAGCCUGUAUGCAAUGCAUUGAGAAGGACGAUUCAGGAGGUUGGCGGCCCAUCUGAUAAGAUGGGCUAGGCCUCUGCCUGUCAGGGACCAGUCCUCCUAUCCUUAAAAACCCCCCUCUCUUUUUUCCCGUUUCGUAUGUAGUACUGUAUACAGAGGGGGGCUGCCACCUGCCAGUCCGUUUUCGUAUCCAGCAUGCAUUUGUGUGGGAGCAGUACAAACUGAUGAACAUCCUGGCAGCUUUACUUAUAUUGAUAUAACAGUCAUAUAAAAACUGCAACAUUUCAGACAACCAGAAUUGAUGUGCAUCUCACAAUGAGGAUUUUAAUCUCAACUCUGAACACUAGCUCCUAAUUGGUCAACAAUCACUCUACAAGAACAAGAAAAGCAAGAGGGCUUGAGGCAGAUCAUGUUGAUCGGACAUUUGGAAAUUAUCCUGGCUAAUUGAAUUGACAAGUUACAAAAAGGAACAUCUCUUGGUAGCAGCAUUCGUGACUGCAGAAGGUCUUCUCACCCCUGGAGAAGAAAAUCAGUAAUUCAGAAUUGGACAGAUGAUCAAUUAAUUCUUUUGUAGAUAAUGAUCACUUGAUCAAAUGGCAUCGAAGGAUGUGAACAAUAUUGUAUCUUAAGUGCCAGAUGAUACUUGAUAGUAGUUCAGUUGGUUGGCGAUGUAGUCAUCAAUGUGUAAAUAUGCAUAUUAGACAUGAUAAGCUUUUCACUUGAUCGUCAAA